AAAGUUAGAAGUGACGUGUUUCCGGAGGAUCUAUUUUUCUUCCUGGUUUGAUGUAGCGCACUGACUGUGAAUGUUAACCUCUUCUCUGGCUACUGAUCCUACAGCCAGCAGUCAGGUUUCUUGUUCAGUCGAGUCUCAGUGAUGUUAUGACGAUGUCUGAUCACAGAAACAUCAGAGACCACGAGGAUGAUGAUGAUGUGUUAGAGCUCUCAGCCAGCGAUGAAUCUGAGCCUGAAGAAGCACCAAGAGAGGCUCCGUUUGACCCAGAGCUGGAUCACAGCGAUGAAGACGGGGAGGCGAUGACCUCUGCUUCACCUUCUGCUCCCGCAGCACAGAGUUCUUUCAGCCUGAGCGGAGCGAGUUCAGGCUUCUCAUUCCGCAGCCGCAGCAUCUUUGACUGCCUGGACAGUGUAGAGAAGCGCUCUGUCACCCCGCGGAACCAAGGGAACUCAGCAGAAAGCAGGAAGACGAGCCAUCCUCCUUCCACUUCUCCCAUACCACAGAAAAAGAAAGGCGUUCCAGACUAUCUGGUGCACCCCGAACGAUGGACACGCUACAGCCUGGAGGAUGUGGCUGAGAGCAGCGAUCAAGAUAACAGGAGAGCAGCUCACCAGUUCCUAUCUAGUCUGCAUCAGGAGACAAAAAGUGAUCUUCGCUGUGACGUCCAGGAGAGGAUGAUCUUCUCCAGACCAAAGCGGCUCUCGAAAGAGCAGGUGGCUGUGCAGUUGCCACCUGAUCUGCAGGGAAAGGAGAAGGAGUUACAGCUGAGUCACCUGGCUGAGGAGGAUGAGGAUAAUGAAGGUAGAGAAAGAGCGGAGGUUGGAGAUACAACAGAAAAAUCAAAACAUGGAAAGAAAAAUACAGAGAAAAGCAUGGGUGAACCUGUGGCUCUGGAAGAGGAGAAGUUAGGUGAGUCCAAGGUUAACUUCACCUCCUUCAGGAAGACUACGGCAAAGAACUACAGAAGAAAUUCUGGAGAAAAAGAGGACUGACUCUGAAUGGAUGCAAUACUAAAGGUUUUCUGACCUGUCAGACAGCAGUACUCCCUCUGCACAGAACUUCCAUUUCAUCCAUUCAUUUCUUGGGUGGGACACGCAUGAUGGAUUCAUGAGAUGAUUUUACAUUAUUUAGAGGAAAACUAAGAAUCCUCAUUUCUUGUUUUUACAAAUGAAGUAAAGCGAUAAGAAACUUCAUUGUUUUAAGCAUCUGUAAUUGGUGUAGAGUAAUUCCAGCCAGAUUUGACCUGUCCUUGUCCUAGUCCUAGUACUUAGAAAAAAGAUUUAAAAUGGGUUUUUUUCAAAGUAGAAUAAAAGUUUCUAAAUUUUUUUUCUACAAGUUUCUACAUCAAUAAAAAUAAAAGUUUUCCACAAGCUGUGUUUUAAAAAGAAAAUCUGUUUAGUGUACAACAACUCAGUUCAAGUUUGAGAAAAAAAAUGUGUCUAAAAUGGAGCCCAGAUUUAGUAGAAUGGUGUGAAAGCACAUAGAAUGUAAGGAAUCAGGUAUCAACACCAGAACUGCUGCCAGAUGUAGUUUACAGUCAUGUUGCCUCACAGGUUUUACAAAUCAUUCACAUCUCCUGUCAGCAUAUGAGCUUUUCCCUGCAGAUUGCCCAGAAUGCUUCCAGUGAAAAUGUUUGAGAGGCUUCUUCAAUGCUCAGUUAACUGAGAGUUAUCAGUUUAUCAUCAGUGUAACUAGGCAACUCAAGAACUACUUCAUUUUUUACUCUAAAUUAAGACUUAGAGUCUUAAGUCUUGAUUUUACAAGAUGAAGUUGCGCAAACAGUCCUUCUUAGACAGGGCACCUCAGUAUUACAUUGUCAGAAGUGAGUUCUCUGAUUCUUCCUGCAGCAAAAGUGGGAAAACAGGUUUGGUUAUUACUGGUGUUACAAGGGAUUUGUUAAAUGAACUCCCUCUUAUGGGACAGACGGAUACCUCACACCCAGGGUGAGCUGCUCUCAACACCUGCCUUUUAAAUGUCCACCUGAUGCUCCACCAAAACCGCUUCUAGAGAUAGAAAUGUGAGUGGGAAGACAGACAUACCUGGCUGUACAGCAUCAGUGAGGAUGAAUACAAGACGAAUUUUAAAAUGGAUCAGGAGACAAACAUGCAGAAGAUGGCAGCAUCAGUGUCAGAGUUCUUCAUCCCCAGUCAUCCUCUAAGGCUGAUAUGAUGAAACGUGUUAUGACUGAGUCAGUUUUCUAUUACUGACUUUUCAAUAAGAUUGAAAAGUUCAUUUAUUUCAGUAAAUACGUCACUAGGUGAAGCACAUUAUAUGGAUCAGUUAUACACAGACUGUUUUCCAGCGUUUAUUUCUCUUGAUGUUUUAUUUUGCUUAUGACUAAUGAAAACACAUUUAAAAAUUAGACCAAAAACAUUUUAUUACAGAAAUGUGGGCUUAAUUAAAAAUAUGUUUAAUAUCUGUUGUUCUUUUUAAAAGGUACUUUUACUCAAAUGAGAUUCAUUUAAAUUCUAUUUUUUAAUUUAAUGAAUAUGACAGGUACUUAAAAAAAGAAGUGAUGUACAUGUCUAAUUUGGUUGUUGCAGGCCCAACCAACUGAACAAAUAUAGCCUGACAGCCUGAUAUUUCUAUUUAAAUAUCCUUUUUUAUUUAAAUGUUAUGUAAUGUUAUUUUUUUUUUCAAUGAGGGUUUUUUGUUAUGAGUUAUAUUCAUCAAAAUGACAAGAAAGAAAGCCUUGAAACAUUUCAAUGUUUGAAUAAUGGAACACUUUCUGAAAUGAGUGACUGAAUUACUAAAAUAAAGAAAAAAACAAUAUAUCUUAAUUUCUAGAGAUACAUCUGUAUUUUAAGACUGUUUCAAAUUCAGCACUGGGAUGGAGUGAUACCAAGAAUGAGGUUCUAGAUCAAUCACUGAUGAUUCUAAAGUAAAGUCUCAGUGCUUCAUAGAGUCUAAAAGGUAACUGGACGGCACAAGUGAAGCCAUUUUUUCCCAUAAACUUUAAAUAUUUAAUGCCAGAUCUUUUAGAAUAGGUUGGUCUUGUAAUUAUUGAUCAGUUUACAUUAGGUCUCUUCAAAAGUGAUUUGAUCACUGCAGUUUUCAGGGCAGCUGGAAAAAAUCCACAAAGGAGGGUAAAUAUUUACUAUCUGGGCAAGGUUGAGAAAAAUAGUGUGUAAGAAACUUAUUGUGGUAAUUUAGUUUUAUUCUACUGUUACAAAGAAUCUCCUAUAGAAGGGGAAUUUUGUUCAAGUUUUCCUUACUUGUUGUGUUUAAUGCCUCUGUUCAUUUUUUAAUAUCUAUGAGAAAAGUUAAUAUUUCCAUGUAAAAAUCCAAAGGUUUCAAUAAUAAAGUAGUUACAUCAUC